AGGGCCCGAGGUGGCACCAGUGACCAGUGGCAGGGCGGACGUAAGGUGGUCUGAGCACUGAAGGUUAACCAGCCAUCCUCUCAAACCAACGCUGUAAGGUGGCGGCAACAAAUCAGAGGCAUUAUUGGCACUUCCCUCCUGGUGGUGCGUGUGUGACAGGUAUCCUUUGAAGUGAGCCUCAGCAUGGGAUCCACCGCCAACAACAUCACCGAGGAGAACACAAGGCGGACGCCCGGCGAGGAGCAAGACGACAGCCUGGACGACGGCAGUGAUGGGGAGACCUGGGUGUUCUACCGAGAGAGGAAGGAGUGGGCCGACAUCACCCCAGUACCGCAGGAUGAUGGGCCACAUGCUGUUGUAAAGAUAGCCUACACUGAGGCCUUUUCAGAUGUAUACGACUACUUGCGGGCUGUGGUGGCAAAGGGGGAGCUAUCUGAACGUGCGCUGUACCUCACUGAAGACGCCAUCAACAUGAAUGCUGCCAACUACACAGUGUGGCAAUACAGAAGGAAAAUCUUGAGGCAUCUUGGCAGCGAAUUAGAACAGGAACUAAACUUUUGUCGGGAAAUGAUAGAAAUGAAUCCAAAGAAUUAUCAAGUCUGGCACCACCGACGGGUGAUAGUGGAAUGGCUGGGUGAUGGCAGCAAGGAGCUUAAGCUGACAGAAAUUAUCUUCAGCCAGGACGCCAAAAAUUACCACGCCUGGGAACACCGCCAGUGGGCACUCAAGACAUUCAAGUUGUACGACGGAGAACUAGACUACGUUGACCGGCUGCUGGAGGAGGACGUGAGGAACAACUCGGCCUGGAACCAAAGGCACUUCACCAUCAGCCAAACGACAGGCUUCACCAAGGAAGUGAUCCAACGUGAAGUGGAGUACACCAAGGCCGCCAUCACCAAGGUGGUCGACAACGAGAGUCCCUGGAGCUACCUCAGAGGGGUGGUGCAGCACUGUGAGGGCGGCCUGGCCAGUGUGGGUGACCUGUGGGAGUGGUGCCAGAAGAUGUACGAUGAGGGACAGUGUUCACCGCACCUCCUCACCUUCAUGCUGGACCUCAUGGAAGACAGAAUGGAACGACAGCCUGACCUGCGGCCAUCACUACUCAAACGCUGCCUUGAGAUCUGCGAGUCCCUGGCAACAAAAUACGACAAAAUUCGAAGAGAGUAUUGGAGGUACAUUGAGAGAAAUUUAAGUCACAGGUUUGGUGCGUGAGUGAGGUGAAAGAUUAUUAAAUAUUUAUGUAUUAAAGCUAUAAUAAAAACACAGACAGGUUUACACCAACAGGUUUACAGUAUUUUUCAUAUGUCAUUAGAAUACAGGAAUAUCAUUAUUUCUAUGCCUCAUAAUAUAGGAUUUCACAGUUUUUAUUGUAACGUAGAGGGAGUCAAACCAAGGCAGAUCAGGUUGGGUUCUUCCACAAGCCCUGAUGACUGGAAUGUAACAUGCUGAUGGGCCAGUUAUCUACCCACUGACAUUGAAGGCUUGCCAUGCCCUGGUGUGGGAAGCUGUGUUGUUGAGAUACAUAUCCAUACCUAGAGGUUGUUAGUCAGGGUGUCUAGCAUUUAUACAUCUUCUAAUGCAUGCAUAUUGCACCAUUGUAUGACAUGAUAGAAUGGAGAGCACUAGUUUGUGUUCAGGAGGCAGAUGCCGUUGGUUAUGUGAUAUCCCUCCCUCCCUCCAGAGGGCAACAGACUGUUGCCCUGGAAAUGGCAAUGGUGUGUCAUCACUUUAGUAAAGGUUAUCUUUGGUAGUGCAACUCCAUGCAGUUCUCACAUUGAAUGAACUGUGUAUUGAGCAGAUAACUCUAUCACACUGUUUAGCCUCACUUAACAUUCUAGUCACAGUCCUGCAUCCUGAUUUUGUUUUGUUUUUUAUCACAGAACUCAGAUAACUUCACUGGUGUACUUACUUACAUCAUCAACAGCUAACUGGCUGAAAACCACAAAGAAAGUGGUGCCCAUGUGUAAAUUAACCUUAUAUAUGGACUGUGGGUGUGCGUGUUGAAUUAGCAGUUGGGCACCAUACCGUUACAACCUUUAUAUGUGCUUCCUCCCCAACACACACAGUGGAGUGAUAGUGAACUCUGCUCACAACCAAGAGGGCCUGGAUUCAAGUCCCUGCCUUGGUGUGGGGGGUAGAGUUCCAUUUUUACCAAAAGAUAGGCAUAGGCGAGAGUAUAAGCUGUAAGCUCCUCCUGGCCAGCUGGGUAACCAGCACGCACGCACACUGUGAGGCCAAACAGAGGUGGUGAACAAAAUCUUUCAUUGUAAUUUACAUCCUGAAAUUAGCAAGCUCUAAUUUAUGCACGGUGUAAUGUGAAAUGGUCGUUAAGAAGUUGUUAAUGCAUAAGUGCAAUAAAGAGAACUGAAAAUGAGGUGAAAAGUUAUCUGUAAAGCUGAGAGGUGGGGAAAGGCAAGGCAAGGAAUGGAAGGUCUGGUAACUAAAAUGAAAGUUUGCCCUAAACAUUCAUAUUUAAGAUCUCAAACCUUUGACAACAUGAGAUUGGAAGUGAUUCUUUCUCUGUAGCUAAAGUUUUAAGUAUUUUCUUAUCAAGCCUUUUAAACAAUAAGCAAUUCCAGCAAUAGCCUAUUAAGUGAAACAUAGUAACUGCUCUACCUAACAAGUAAUGGCUCUUGAGUUCACACCACUAGCCAGGCUUCAACUUCCUAUACUGCCGCUAUUUACUUGUAUAAUUGUAUAGAAUCUGAUUAAAAUUUGUUAGAAUGAAAUUUAAAUUAUUACCAAUUGACACUAAACUACCACAUUGUGUACAGUAUCCUAAACAAAUGUACAAUAAAAUGCAAUGAAAGUAAAA